AUGUCAACUUGCUUCGGGCGAUAUGCUUCGAGGUCACUCAAGGUCCUGAAACCGCUCUUCCUAUUGUCGGUAGCCGCCUCUGUUCCGUCUCCCGAACCUCUCUUCUAUUUCUGCUACUGGAGAUUGCCCAGGCUAGCAUUCACACGUCCUUACCACACCGAACGCGAGCCUGAGCAAGACUCAAAGCCGAAUCGUCAAGUUCCUGAAGCUAUAGCAGCGCCUGAAGAAAUCAAAGCUCAAGAUGCCGCCUACCAGCCAUGCCACGACGAGUUGCAUGCAUCGACAAGCAGAGACACGACCAAAUCUCACAGCCUGUUGUGGACAGAAACACUGCCAUUCGUAACCGGCUCAUAUUCCCCUUCAGCUGCUGAGUCAGGUGGCAUAGUGAGAAGAGUGCUCCAGCCGAAAGUAAACCAGCCGCCAGAAGACGACUUGCAACCACCGAAGCUGAAGCGCAUUGUUAAUGGCGACUUGACCUUUGAACAUUUGUGUCGUCUAACUUCAGCAAGUCCUCCUCCUAGUACCAAUACUACCGUUCUAUCGUUGCCAACGGUCACCCUACGUAAGCUUGUUGGGCAUCUAGAACCUAAUGCCUGGGUUCAUCAUGCUAGCAGUGGCUGUGCUGUUAAGAUGACAACAUGCUCGGACGACUCGAGCAUGACAGUGGAGUUAGCAGGAAGUGAAAGAGCUAGGCAGAUUACUGAGCAAUUCCUGAGAGAAGGUGCUGAUUAUACUGAACCUCAAGAGAAUUCAACAUGGUCAGAUAGAGCCGUGGUAUUUCCACCCUACAACGAUGUCAGAAACUUUCCUCGUCCGCCUCUCUGGACUCUACAGUCUUUCCAGCAGUACGUCAGCGCCCUUGUUCGCCUACGCCCUCGCCGCAGCGCGAUGCGUUUCAUUCACACAGACGUUGAUGCUCACUCUCGACUCGUUGGCCGGAUUAUAUUUGACGCCUUUAGCGAUCCAGGGUCGGCCCCUUUUGCAUCUACCUAUGCUCUACGCCUUGCUGUCAAAUUCUGCAAGCACCAUAAACAUUUGAACAAAAUCGUGAAACAACUCUGGGCUCAGUCAAUGAAUCUAGGCUUGCAACCUGAUCUUUGCUGCUACAAUGAAAUGCUCGAAACUUCUAUGAAGGUAAAAGCCAUGAAGACGUUCAAAGCAGUGUUAGUUCAAAUGGAAGCUCGAGGUAUCCAGCCUGAUGCUCGCACUUGGAGCCUGGUACUCCGUGGCUCAUGUCGUCCUGGCAAUCAUGAACAGGUCUUGGAAAUCAUAAAGAACAAGACCCGCCUUAGCACGUCGGCUGAGAAAUCGCUGGUAGCUUGUGCCAUCAUCGACACUGAAUUUCAAGCAUAUCUUAACCUGCCCGAUGGUCUGCUCGCUUUCCGCCAGUAUUUAGACGCCUACUUAGGCAGUGACUGGAUCACACCCCGGCUCGUUGCGCGCAUGCUCAGAAUCUCCCGCUUUCAGCAAGCACAUGCUUCAGUUGCAUCAGAUCUUCUUGGCUGGAUAAAUGAACAAGGCAGGUUGCAGUCUCUCGUCGAUAGAACUUGUCUUGUUGAACUCAUCCGCCUAGCUGUAGAAGCAGGUAAUUUGAAUGAUGCACUCACGAUACUCAAGUUGCAAAUUGUGCAAAACGAACCAGAUCUUGGACAGCACGUUAUCGAGUCUCUAUUUUGUCUCGGUUGGCGACUCCGCCGUCCUAACCUUUGUCGUCUGCUGUGGUUUCAGGCUGCAACGUCGGGAAGGAUCACCUUUGUCAUGCAGAAUGCAGUCAGAUACAGUUUGGUAACAAAUGCUCACAGUGAUAAAAAUCCCGAAGUCAAAGACUGGUUGUGCCGAGCAGGCAAGAUCAUUGUUGGCACAAAUCUUGACUCUGAUAAUUUUGAGAAGAUUUUUCCUUCCCUGUUUGAAGACUCAAACAUUGUUUCGUUGUUUCGGCCACUAUCGGAAUGGCAAAGCACCAAGAGUACGAGCAGACAUGAGCAACACCAACUUGCCCAGGUACUGGUAGAACGCGAUGUCAAUGCAUGGCGAUUUUUCCGUCGGAUACCUGGAUCGAUGUUCCUGGAAUUACUUGAUCAAGCUGUCGCCCUGGACGAGCAAUGGCAAGCCGAAGGCGUGAUGCACACAUCAGCACUAGAAGACUUGAUAAACGAGUCUUUACAAAUCAACCUGGUCAAGCGAAGACAGCCUUUGAGAGCUGCAGACCUUUCUCCUCAUCUAGCAGUAGAACCGAAAUGGUUCAUCGCAAAUGGCUACCGGCUCAAUUACGACUCUCUGCAAGUUUCAGCCGGUCCGGUAGAAGAAGGCAUGGACCCUGAGUGGUCUGAUUCCACUCAGUUUGUUCCGGAGGUCGACGAGUAUGCUCUGGAGACUGAUGAUGCGCGGCUGGGUGCGCGGACUAAAAUUAAUAGUCGACGCUUUGAUGUCCUCGAAAUGCAGGAGCCGGAGCCGGAGGCUGAACCAGAAGAGGUGUUCCAGGCAUUUGCCUGA